AUGAAACAAGCUCAAGAUCGACAAAAGAGUUAUGCGGAUAAACGAAGGAGGCCGUUGGAGUUUGAUGUAGGAGAUCAUGUUUUCUUGAAGGUGACUCCGAGGUUGAGUUUGAAAAGACCGUUUAAGACGCGCAAGCUUAGCCCGAGAUACUUGCGGAAGUUUGUGCCGGAUUCAUUUCAUCCUAUCCUACCGGAUACGAUUGAAGUAGAGCCAGAUCUUUCCUUCCAACCGAAACCUUGUCGUAUCUUGGAGCAUGCUAGCAAGUCGUUGAGAAGCAAAGAGAUACCUCUUGUGAAGGUGUUGUGGGAAGAGUCGCGUCCUGACGAAGCGACUUGGGAGCUCGAAUCAGAGAUGCGGGAGUUGUAUCCUAACUUAUUCUGUUGA